CGACACCAUUCCGAACAACCCUUCUAUUUCCACGGAUAUUCACGCAAAUACCUGCCAUCAGAGAAUUCAGAAUGGCUGCAGCUGCCCGAGACGUCUCACACCAGUCAAACAUCGCGAAAAUGAGGACCGAUGGAGACGGCUCUUUCAAGCGCCUUCCUUCAACGUUUCGAAGUGCUGUGGAGAAGGGAGGCCAAUUUCCGCCGGAGAAGGACCGUUAUCACCUCUAUGUUUCUUAUGCAUGUCCUUGGGCUACACGUACGCUCAUCAUGCGUAAACUCAAGGGUCUUGAGGAUAUUGUUCCUGUGACGGUCGUCUCUCCUCAUAUGGGAGAACUUGGAUGGCCGUUCGCUUCUGUUGAUAACUUUCCCGGAGCGGAUGUCGAUCCCUUAUAUAACGCUCAGCACGUCAAAGAUCUGUACCUCCGAGCCAACCCUGAAUAUUCUGGCAGGUUCACUGUGCCAGUGUUAUGGGACAAGAAGCAACAUACAAUUGUUAACAACGAGUCUUCCGAGAUCAUUCGCAUCUUCAAUUCUGCGUUCAAUGACACGAUCUCGAAGGAGAAGGCGGAGCUGGACUUCUAUCCCCAGCAUCUUCGCAAGGAAAUCGACGAGGUCAACGAAUGGGUCUAUGACUCCAUUAACAAUGGUGUAUACAAGUCAGGCUUUGCGACGACUUUUGAUGCGUACAGGGCGGCUGUUGUUCCGCUGUUCGAGUCUCUCGAUCGUGUAGAAGUCAUGCUCAAGGACAAGACUUAUUUCAUUGGGGAUCGCCUCACUGAGGCCGACAUUCGACUGUUCGUAACUUUGAUACGAUUCGACCCUGUAUAUGUUGGACACUUCAAAUGCAAUCUUCGCACUAUUCGUCAUGGCUACCCGAAUAUUCACCUUUGGCUUCGCAAACUUUAUUGGCAAAACGAUGCUUUCCAGUCCACAACUGACUUUGAUCACAUCAAAACCCAUUAUUAUUGGUCGCACCCCAUGGUCAACCCUCAUCGAAUUGUUCCGAUCGGUCCUGUCCCCCAUAUCGAGCCCUUGUGACUUCUCUAUGCAGUAUUCUCACUAUAUGUAAGAAGACAGCGAGUAUGCAAUGUAUAAGUAUUUCGAACGCGUCAUCGCUUUUC